GUUUGGGCCAAUCACGGCAGCGCAUUGGCGGGCCCCUGGGGUUUCAGUGCAAGGCCGCGCAACCAGGGGGUGAAGGAAAAGGAGAACCCGGGCGGGUCCUGCCUGAUAAGAAGUUAAGAACGGGCACCCUUGAGGCUCGAGGCUCGGGGGCUUUGACCUGUGAGCAAACUUCCCAGUCUUCUUCGCAUCACUUAUCGCCAUGUCGCAAUGUCGCCAUGUCGCCCCUCAACGCACGAUGUUUCUUCGACUCGGCCACGAUGUGGAUGCGACGACGCGAAGAAAGAAAGAAAGAAACCAAGAAACCGCUGGCGUAAACCUCUAGAUUCCACGGCCGGAGCUGCGCUCAUUCAUCAUCCAUCGCAGAUGUGGCGUCGCCACAGUGGCACAGCCCACCAAACACACCACCAAAAAAAAAGAGUCCGACCGACCGACAAAAGCCGGCACGAGAAGGGCUCCCCGAAAACGACCGUCGAAGACACCAGGCUGCCAGGUCCUUUGUCUCUCGAUCCCGUUCAUCCCUUAUUAGGGACUUCGGACCUCUGUCUCCCAAGGCUUGCGAUACACCUCUGCGACAGUUCGACACCGAGCGCAUUCAGGAGAAGGCUGAGGCGAUAUGUGAUGCUGCAUACAACGUAUUGCUCCGCAGCGUAUGGUAAUGCAUAGAUGAACAGUGAGUCACCACAGUGCUGCCCAAUUGCGGGCGGCGUGCGAGACAGGGGUGUGCCAUCCCAGCCGCGACAUAUUCUUGUGCGAGAAUUAUGUGAGGGGCCGAAAGGGCUGCCUGGAAGCCACA